CUGGAAGAAAGAAUGGCAGAAAUAGCAGAGGAAUCAAAAGUGGCAAAGCAUUUCUAUAACACUGGUUGAGAAAGUUCAGAUGAUUGCUGUAAUCCUAGGAUCACUGUUCUUAAUAGCAAGUGUGACUUGGCUUCUGUGGUCAGCCUUCAGCCCCUAUGCGGUAUGGCAAAGGAAGGACAUCCUCUUUCAAAUCUGCUAUGGGAUGUAUGGUUUUAUGGAUCUAGUGUGCAUAGGUCUCAUUGUGCAUGAAGGGGCAGCAGUUUACAGAGUGUUUAAACGCUGGAGGGCAGUUAAUUUGCACUGGGAUGUAUUAAAUUACGACAAAGCCACAGAUAUAGAAGAAAGUAGCCGAGGAGAGUCUUCAGCGACUAGGACAUUAUGGUUGCCACUGACAGCUUUGCGAAAUAGAAACUUAGUUCAUCCAACACAAUUAACCUCACCGAGAUUUCAGUGUGGCUAUGUACUGUUACACCUGUUCAAUCGAAUGAGGCCCCAUGAAGACUUGUCAGAAGAUAACAGCUCAGGGGAGGUUGUGAUGAGAGUGACUUCAGUGUAACGAAAAUGUAAGGAUAAUGCACUGUGGACCAUUGAAACAGCAUUUUGGAAUGUAGUUGCAAUGAAUGGUGAAACCAUAGCACUUCUAAAAACAUAAAUGAACUUUUAAAAAUUUAUGCUUUUUAUAUGAACAAUGGAAUUGCAAAUACAUUUUCUGAAAAAAAAAACAGUCCCUUUGCUCUUUGUUUUC